GAAAGCCCGCCCUAUAAAGCAGGAAGGAACGGCGUGCGAGGAGCUCGAGGCACCCACGCUUGGUCGGUAACCAGAGCCAAGGUGCCAUUCCGUUUCGCGAGCUGCAAGCCUCCACUUGGCCGGCCAUUUCUCUUCCCGGUCCUGCUUCUGGAGCUCAUCAGUUCAUCCUCGCCCAAAGGCCAAAGGCUUGCUGCGCCCUGCAAUUCUUCUCGUCUCCUGGCCGCCGUUGCUGUAGUAUUUGGAGUCUCUCUUGAAGCCCUUGAUUAGCUCACCUGCAACGAGUCCUAUGGAGGAAGGCUCCAUCAAGAGAGAAGCCAUGCCUCGGCUCCUAGAUCUCAUCCCUGACGAGAAGCAAUGGAAUAUGAGAGGAGCACCAGCUGUGCCAAGCAGACCAAGGAACACGGGCUUCGGGGGCGACGAGGACAAGAAACUGGAGCUGAAGCUUGGUCUUCCUGGCCUCGUAGAGGAGGAGAAAGCAGCUACCUCAAGCAAGAACAUGAUACAUCAGGAGAGCCCAGCUCUCUCCCUUGGGCACCUCCCUACGACAACCACCGGAGCAAAGAGAGGAUUCUUAGACACAGUUGAGGCCAAACCACAAGGUUGUAAUAAGGAACAGAAGCAGCAGGGAAGAGCAGCAUGUGGGAAGGAACUAGCAGCGGAGGAAAAUACGGCAGCUGUGAGUGAGAGGAAGAAAGGGUGCUGUCCCCCACCACCAUCUCAUGCCCCUCCUUCUGCUACGCCUGCACGCAACAGCGGCAACAGACCACAGGCGCGGGGGAGAGGGGCUGCAGCUCCGGUGGUCGGUUGGCCUCCAAUCCGACCAUUCAGGAGAAACCUUGCCAGCAGUAGUUCAUCCAGACAGCCUUCUAAGCCUCAAAAUGGUGAAGUUGAUGCGAAGGCGACACUUAACUGCAACAAAAGCCCUCUCGUAAAGAUCAACAUGGACGGGAUCCCCAUUGGAAGGAAAGUAGAUCUUGCAGCAUGUGACAGCUAUGAGAGACUUUCGGUGGCUGUAAAAGAUCUCUUCCAUGGUUUUAUUCAAGCACAAAGGGAUGCAUCCAAUGCUGAACGUGCGCAGCAAGGGGCAGACGAAAAAAUAUUUUCACAAUUGCUGGAUGGUUCUGGUGAAUAUACUCUAGUUUACGAGGACAAUGAAGGAGACAGGAUGUUAGUUGGGGAUGUCCCUUGGAAUGUGUUUGUCUCAACUGCUAAAAGGCUGAGGGUUUUGAAGAGCUCGGAGCUUUCACAUGACCUGAUUGGAGCUGUUCCCCAGAGAGCAGCAAAUUGCUGAAACGGUGUCAGCUUUUCAACCAUUUGAAAUGUUGCCACUGAAGCCGGAUCAUUAUCCUUUGGGGGAUUACUAUUUGCUGCCCACUUUUUUGCUUGUAGAGACGAAUCUAGUGAGAUCAAUUAGAAUACAAUAGAUGCAUGGAGAUAUCCUGCCUAUUUUGUAAAUUAGGCUACUUUGUAAUUUUUAACUCUAGAGUUCUUGAUUCAGUUACAUGAAUUUGGGUUUACAGGAGAGAGCUCGACGGCUCAUACCUGUGAAGUGACUCUUUGUCUGAAAAUUUGUAUUCUACCUUGACAUAAUCUGACAUACAAUCUGUUCAGGCCA